GUUAAAUCGGGAUUUUGAAAACUGUGAGGCUGAAGUUGACAACAACACAAAAUUGAUGUCAAAAUUUGAAGAGGGGAGCAUAUUUGGGACUAGGAAACAUCACUCUGAGGGCCCAACGCGAUACAUCCUCUGCCCUGAAAGAUCUUCUGCUCGCUCCUCCGCGCACAUCUCUCAAAACCUGAAGUAAAUGGAUCAAUCACUGCUUACGCCACCCAAAUAGUUGAGACAAUCCCUUGUGCUUAGUGCAGUGUUGCUUGAAGCAUGCCAAGUAGUUAGAAUUUUGGAUGGUUGAUGGUCUUUACCGACUUCACUUUGGAUACACAAUUGACAAGCUUAAUACAGAGCUCUAAAGCAUUGUUGAAAGAAAUGUUUAAUCGACUGUCGGAAGAAUAAGUACUCUGGUUUUGAGCUUCUCCUCCACCUGCUCAUCAUCUAUCUUUGCAUUAUUUCUCAAAUAUCAACCUAGCUGGAUUUUCAAGUCAUCAGUUGUUUUGGGAGAAAACUUUCAGUCCGUACUACCAAUGGCCAGAAGCACAGUCCAUGAAGCAUUCUCUUCAUUUUCCUCCUCAAAAAAAUGGAUGUAUGAUGUGUUCUUAAGCUUUAGAGGUGAAGACACUCGGAACAAUUUCACAGGUCACCUUUAUAUGGCAUUACAAGGUGCCGGAAUCAGCACUUUUAUUGAUGAGCAGCUAAGAAGAGGGGAAGAUAUAACAGGUGAAUUGCUGCAGGCCAUCCAAGGGUCCAGUAUUUCUGUGAUUGUCUUUUCAAGAAACUAUGCCGAGUCCACUUGGUGUCUGGAGGAGCUGGUGAAGAUCAUGGAGUGUAGAAAAAUAGCGAGGCAAAUGGUUUUGCCAAUAUUCUAUCAUGUUGAUGCUUCAGAUGUCAGGAAACAGACUGGUAGUUUUGCACGAGCAUUCAAGAAACAUGAAGAGGACUUCAUGUUAUAUGAAGAUAAGGUUCAGAGUUGGAGAUGUGCUCUUAAUGAAGCUGCAAACUUGUCUGGCUGGGCUCUUCAAAACACUGAGGAAAGGCAUGAAGCAAAGUUUGUCAGGAAAAUUGUUGACGAGAUUACAAGACAGCUUCCGAGUGAAUACUUAAACAUAGCUGUCUACCCAGUUGGAAUAAAUUCUCGUGUGCAAGAUAUAAAUCAUCAUUUAUGUAUUGCAUCAAAUGAUGUUCGUAUGGUUGGAGUUUUGGGGAUGGGUGGAAUGGGUAAAACAACAGUUGCCAAAGCCAUAUAUAACAAGUUUUACCACGACUUUGAAGGUAAAAGUUUCCUUGCAAAUGUUAGGGAAACUACAAAGCAAACCAAUGGUGAGGUUCUUCUGCAAGAACAACUUCUUUCUGAUAUCUUGAGAACAACCAAGAUAAAGGUAGAUAGUGUUCAUAGAGGGAUCAAUGUGAUCAAGAAAAAACUUAGAGGUUUAAGGGUACUUGUCAUAAUUGAUGACAUUGAUCGAAUAAGCCAGCUGAAUGCGUUGGCUAUAAACCCUAUAAACAAUGCAUGGUUUGGUUCAGGAAGUAUAGUCUUAAUAACAACAAGAGAUGAACAGUUGCUAAAGCAACUGAGAGUGGAUGCAAUCUAUUUGACAGAAGCAAUGAAUGAAGAUGAAGCUCUUGAGCUCUUUAGUUGGCAUGCUUUUGGUAAUAGCUGUCCUGAUGAAGAAUAUUUAGAACUCUCAAGAAGUGUGGUCACUUAUUGUGGCGGUUUGCCACUAGCUCUUGAAGUAUUAGGAUGUUUCCUGUUUGGAAGAAGCAAUAUAGAGUGGGAAAGUGCACUGGAGAAAUUGGAGAGAAUUCUUGGUAAUGACCAAGUUUGGGAAAAGCUCCAAAUUAGCAUUGAUGGACUAAAUAAGGAUGGAAAGGAAAUAUUCCUUGACAUAGCUUGUUUCUUUGUUGGAAUGGAUAAGAACUAUGUCAUACAAAUAUUGGAUGGUUGUGGCUUUUCUGCAGAAAUAGAAAUCAAAGUCCUCCUUCAACGGUGUCUUGUAACUGUUGAUGACGGAAACAAGCUGAUGAUGCAUGAUUUGCUUCAAGAUAUGGGUAGAGAAAUGGUACGCGGAGAAUCUACUAACCACCCUGGAAAACGUAGUAGAGUUUGGCGUUAUGAAGAUGUAAUAGAUGUGUUGACAAACAAAUCUGGAACUGAAGAAGUUCUAGGACUCACAUUAAAUAUGUCAAAAUAUCACAAGGUAAGUUUCAGUGCUGAAGCAUUUAAGAAUAUGAGGAGUCUGAGAUUGCUUCAACUGAACUACGCACAACUUAGUGAUUGCUAUAAAUACUAUCCCAUGCACAAAUUAAGAUGGUUGUGCUGGCAUGGGUUUCCUCUCGACUGCAUACCAAAGGAGUUUAUGCAACCAAACCUAGUUGCUGUUGACCUGCAAUUUAGCAAACUCACACAAGCUUGGAAGGAUUGCGAGUUUCUUGAGAAGUUCAAGAUUCUUAAUCUCAGUCACUGUCAUCAUAUAUCACAAACACCAGACUUUUUAAAACUCCCAAACCUGGAACAGUUGAUACUUGAAGACUGUGAGUGUUUGUCCGAGGUUCAUGAGUCCAUUGGAGAUCUUAAAGCACUUUUUGUGCUAAAUUUGCGAGAUUGCAAAAUGCUUAAGUAUCUCCCAAGGAGUUUCUACAGCUAUGAGAACAAUACCAUCUAUAGAAGGACUGCAGAACCUGAAAUUAUUAGCUCUAUGUGGCGUCGAAUCUUUAUCUCUGCAAUCAUCUCCUUUGUUACCGGGAUUUUGUUAUUUAAGAGAAUUAUAUCUUAGAGACUGCAAAUUAACUGAUGAUGCUAUAUUUCCAAAGGAUCUUGGGAGUACUCCAUCUUCAUUAGAAGUUUUACAUCUGAGAGGAAAUAAUUUUCAUACCCUUCCGAGCUUAGGAGGCCUUUCCAUGCUGAUGACGCAAUU